AAAUGCCUGCCACUGGUAACGAUGCUGCUGCCAUGGACAGCAUUUCCAGGGCUCCAGCUAUCCACCCAGCGGCUCUUAACCCGGCUGUAGGUUCCACCAGUCACGCAGAAGAGCCGGAGGAAGCAGCGGAAAGCCUGGCGACCGCCCCAAAGAAGUCCACCGUCGGUAGUGAAGGUGGUGUGGAAACAGCAGAGGAAGCUGUAGAGCCUGCAGAGCCUGAUAUCAAUGAGCUGUGCAGUGAUAUGUUUGAAAAGAUGGCUGUCUUCCUGCAAGGAGAACUCACAGCCACCUGUGAGGAUUAUCGUUUAUUGGAGAACAUGAACAAGCUAACCAGUCUGAAGUACAUGGAAAUGAAAGAUAUCAGCAUCAAUAUUAGUCGUAACCUGCAGGAUCUUAACAACAAGUAUGCUAGCCUACAGCCCUACUUGGACCAGAUAAAUCAGAUUGAGGAGCAAGUGUCUGCUCUUGAACAAGCUGCUUACAAACUGGAUGCAUACUCAAAGAAAUUGGAGGCCAGAUUCAAAAAGCUGGAGAAGCGAUGAUGAAAAAUAAAGCAGGCUGAGAGUUAUGCUGCCUUCUCACCUUUUUGCAUCCUGCAUUGCCCUCUUCUUUCCCUGCCAAUGAAUCAGGAGCUGCAGGGAGGAUGUGAACUGAGAUUGAAACAACAAACAGUCAGAGCCACAUCGACACCUUAGAAAGUGCCAAUGAAGCAACAGCCAAAGGCACAUGAACUCGUACUGCGGUACUUGGCUUUGAUUUAUCACAGCCAUUGUGAAUAAGAGCAUACAGUGAAUACCCAUCAUUUGACAGAAACACUUUAUGUAGAAUAAAUCUACCUAAUUACCACCUUAUCCAAAGUUAAUUGUGAAGUCAGAAUAUAAUUAUGUACUAUUAAAUAAAAAUUAUAGUAGAUUGGCAGGUACUUGCACAAGUGAAAUAUAUAUAAUGACGUUUUUUGUCAUAUGUAGACAAUUUACAUGAUGAAGCAUGGUGUCUUUAAUAAUGUCCCAGCCCAUUUAGUGUGACUAUUUCAGGCAACUGAUGUCUUGACAGAUGGAACCAUUUAGUAGACUGACAUGCAAAUUGGGAUUAUUUCUAGUUAGACAUUUAUUUGUCAGGGCAAUGUGAACAGUGCCACAAACUGGUUAACUUAGAGACUUUGCUGUUAUAAAAGGAAACUGUAAAUUACUAA